UGAUAAUUUCUGCAUUUGCGAAGGGUACAGUGUGCCUCGCUAUCUCAUGUAUGAGAUUUACGUGGAGACCUGUGGGCAGAAUGCUCAGAACCAAGUCAACCCAGCAACAUUUGGGAAGUGUGAGGAUCGUUCACCAAUAAAGACAGAACCAGUUGGAUCCCCCUUGUCUGAAUUCAGGAGAUGUCCGUUUUGGGAGCAAGAACUGGCAAAGAAAUAUUCCUAUAAAACGGUGGCCUUUCUUACUGAUGAAUACUUCAACUAUUGUCAAGACAUUUUACAAAACGUGGAGGACUUGCUUACUUCCUUCUGGAAGUCUCUGCAGCAAGACACAGUCAUGCUGAUGUCGUUGCCUGACGUGUGCCAGCUCUUUAAAUGCUACGACAUCCAGCUGUACAAGGGAAUCGAGGACGUUCUCCUGCAUGACUUCCUGGAAGAUGUUCCCAUUGAGUACCUGAAAUCAGUGCUGUUAUUUAGUAAGAAAUUUAAGCUGUGGCUUCUUAAUGCCUUGGAAGGUUUUCCAGCCCUCUUACAGAUCUCCAAACUCAAAGAAGUCACUGUGUUUGUCAAAAGACUAAGAAGAAAGACACACCUUUCCAACAUGGCUAAGACUAUGAGAAUGGUAUUGAAAAAUAACAGGAGAGUCAGCAUUCUGAAGUCGGAUCUGCACGCCAUCCUCACUCAGGGCGCCUUGGAUAUUUCUAAGAAAGCCCUGGCAAGUGACCCAAGCAACGUGGAUGAGCUGGAGAACAACUCAGAGAUGAAAUGUUUGAGCAGUUUAAUUUCUUUGCUGGGAACAUCACCAGAUCUCAGUGUAUUCCUAAACUGCCUGUCUUCCAAUCUCCAAGUGUUUGUCUUCCAGCCAAGCAGAAGCAAAGAGGAGUUUAUCAAAUUAGCCGCCAGCUUCCAGCUAAGAUGGAAUUUCCUUCUCACUGCUGUGAGCAAAGCCAUGACCCUCUGCCACAGAGACAGUUUUGGUUCCUGGCAUCUAUUUCAUUUGCUGCUUUUGGAAUAUGUGAUUCAUAUACUUCAGUCAUGCAUAGAGGAGGAAGAGGAGGAGGAGGACGUGGGGAAUGUCAAGGAAAUGCUGCCAGAUGACCAGUCUCUCAUCCAGCCAGACCAGGCACUUUUCCAGCCUCCAGACUCUCCACCAACUCAGGCGUGUGCAAGCCCGGGUGUGGAGCCACCCGGGGUGAUGCUGAAACACACGGGCCGAUGUCUAGUGGGUCUGAGCAGCGUGGUCCUCAGGGUCCUAGGCUUCCUGGUGGACACUGCCACAGGCAAUAAGCUCAUCCAGGUAUUGUUGGAAGACAAGGCCACCAAAAGCACUGUUGAACUCAGCCUUCCUAUGGGACAAGAAGCCCUCGUAACCCUAAAAGAUGGACAAAAAUUUGUGAUUCACAUAUCAGAUGUAGCCCAAAGCUCUGAAAAUAUUUAUUUCAGAGAAAGCAAUGCUAAUAUGUAAGAUUGUUUAUUUAAAUAGGGCAUGAAAAAACUGAUAGACUUGCCUUCUUAAAACUAUAUUAUUAAUAAAUAUAAAGCUUUCAUAUUGAUAUGAAAGAUUUUAUGGACAUAAUAGAUGUACCAUUGUCUGUUCUGUAUUUAUAUGUAUUUCAAGGAGUUAGUUUUGAUCAAACAUAUAAACUGAUUUGGUGAAU